AUGGAGGAAAACCCACACAAUGGGUCAACAGAAGAUGUUAACAAACCCCAAACUGAUCUAGGCUCGCUCAACUUGGGCCUAGAUGGUAGUACAGCCAGUGAGAGCCAGGAAAGAGCUGCAGGUCUUCCUUUGCCUUUCCCUGAGGCAGAGCAAACCUCAACAGCAUCAUCUGUUGCACUGGCUACUACUACUUGGCCUGCUGUAGGCGAGCAAGAGGAUGGUGCGUCUUGGACAGCUUCCGUAGAUGAAAACCAAACCACUUUCCCAGAACCGUACUUGGACACUAGUCACGUUGCAGACAGUGGCACAGAUCUGGUGGAGACUAACAAGCCUUUAGUGAGCGAAACUUUGGCUGAGAGGCCUACAGUGGGAACUGAUAGCUUUUUGGAUGGAGACCCGUUUAAUGUGGCAAAGUCAGAAGAAGAGAAGCAGGAAACAGAAGAGUCUUUGUGGGCAAAUGUGGAGCCAUGUGAAAAGGUAGAAACCGGAGAUGUUAGCCUCAAGAAACUAGACUACACAGAGGAGUUUGAAGAGAGAGAUAAAGGCUACACUGAAAUAGGACAUCUUGAGGCCUUAGGAGACCAUGAAACACUAAAAAGCACUGAGAUAGAGUCUAUCGGGGAUUCAGAGCAUAAUACUGGGCAAGAAGAGACGACUGCUGGCAGUUACCUUCAGGAAUUUGGCCUAGAAUUUAAUGGGGAUGCUCUGCUUUCAGGGACAAGAGAAAGAGAUGCUGAGGAUGUAGUGAACUUAGGGUUGGGGUGUGAGGUGAGUGACGGUAAAUCUGUAGCAUAUAGUGGGUCUGAACCUGAAAAUGGUUUCGGUCCCUGGAAUCGGGAUCAAGGAAGAGAGUGUGUGGGUGGCCUACCACUUUCUGGGAAUACAGCCACCAAAUGCACACAGGAAAGAAAAAUGGCAGGUAUUACGGGAUUGGCUGACCUAGAUGUCAGAGAUAAAUCUACCGCAGAGGUUGAAAAUCCUGUGUGUGGUGAUGAGUUAUGUGGUGCUGAAGAGCCCAAUAAAGAGAUUGAAGACCAUAGCAGCAGCAGCAGCAGCCGCCCUCAAAAGAGUAAUAUGACUGGCGAAUGUCAAGCUACCUUGAUGCCCUUUGAGAAGGAGAUGGUUCUGCAGCCUGGUUCUGCUGACGCAGCUGGUGCAAACCUUGAUAAUUCUUGGCUAGGUGAUGUGGAAGAUAAAUUUGUAGACAGGGAAGCAUUUUGUGUGGCCGAAGAACUUAAUAGUAAUGUUAGUUGCCCUGAAGCGUUGGAAACUGAUCCCUGGCAAGCCAAUUGGGAUCCAACAGUUAAUACUGAUUCCUGGGGGUUUUCUAGCGAGACAAAUGGGUUUGAUGACUGGCCCUUUCCUCCCAAACAAGACACCGUGGAUGGAAACGUGGAGAUUUCCUGGCCAAGUUUUAAUGAUAAGUGGUCUACGCAAGAUUUGGGAGGUAUAGAUAACUCCUGGGGAGCUGUGGGUGUGACACCAAGUCAUCAGAAUCAGGAGGCACCUUUAAAGCAAGGAACAUCUGGGGAACAGGCAAAUGUUAGCAGCUGUGGAACAAGCAAGGAGAUAGGUAGGCCUAUGGUCCUGUUCCAAAUGGGAAAUUCCAGAAAUGCUAGCACCGAGAGCUCAACUAGUCCCAAAGACAAUGAGACCAACAGCUCAGAUUUAUCUGAAGAUGAAAUUGCUAACCGGAGAUAUGGAUUGUUGUACCAGGAAAUAGAGGCUGAUAAAGAAGAGGUACCUACCCCAGUGUGUAGCAUAGUCUAGAAAUGAGAGUUCCUUAGGUCAUAUAUACAUAUAUAUAACCUUGUGUUUUAUGGACAGUCCUUCUUUUAUGUUCUCCCCCCUUGCCCUCUUUUGCUAACUUAAUGGUCAUAUGAACAUGCCAAAUUUGGCAGAGUUCAACCACAUAGUUCUACUGGCUGACCAGAAAGAGGUUGGCUGUUGAACACACCAUCUGAUUUUACCAUGUCUCGUUAUUUUUGAAUUUUGUGUUUUCUAAUAUGAUACAUGAACCUCCAGUCUUUUCAAACUCUUUAAUGUGAAUCACUGUUCUUUUCUUUUUCUUAUUUUUUUAGCCAUUUAACAUAGCUUCAUACUGCUUGUCAGAAGUGUCACUCUUUCCCUUCACUUUUUAUAUUUUUGAUUUUUUUUAAUUGUGCUUUUUGUAAUGUGCAAGCAAGAGUUUGUAAAAACAUUAUUUACUCCUUUUUUUAUCUGAAUGCCAGACUAACAACCAUUUUGUUCUGAUUUCCAAUUCUGCUCAGGCAUCCAGCAGCGCCUUUAAUGGAUUCACACAGGUAAGACGUCACAUUGUUUAAAAGAGAGCAUGUCCUCUUGAGACCAGAAAGAGGACUGGAAUUUGGGAGCAAUGGGAUGAAAGAUGUAUAAUGCACUUUUCAGGUUAGCAAUAUCAUGCUCAAUGGCAUAAAGCUAAUGCAAAUGUAGAUUGUAAAUAGGUUGGUCAUGGACUGGCUGAAUGCUAAGGGGUGGUGGGAGGCAUCAGUUGGGGAGCCCCCGAGGGAAGAAGGCUCAGAGCCAGGGAUUGGUGGUGGGACGACGAGGAGGAGUCAGAGGGAGAAGAGAGAGCAGACUGGGAGGAGGAGGUGUCAGAAGCUGAAGAGGCAACAGGGGUGAGUGAGCAGGAAGAGGCUGUGGCAGAGAGCAGUGCAGAAGCAGAGACUGGAGAGGAGGGGCGGCAAGAGGCAGAGUUGAGACAGGCUGCUGAAGAAGCCAGGGAGUCUCCCCCUCCUGCUGUGACCAGCUCCCUUUCCCAUUGGUCUUCCAGGGCCAGGAGAAAUAGGAAGAGGGUGGAGCAGAGACAGACAAGGUGAUGAUGUCUCAGAUUGCUUGGGAAGGACCUGGUAGAGGAGGAGACGUGGGGAAAUGUGGGAAGACCUUUGGUCCCCACAACUGCCUCAUUAGGGAAUAUCUACCAAGAGCUGCUGUGCUCACUAGGCCUGGCCCUCCUGAGCUGUUUUCAUUCCUGAAUAAAGAGUUAACUUCACUGAUACCAUCUGAGUUAUUAUUGACCUGCUGUCUGGCAGUGGGCUUGGGUAUUUGUUUGAAAAUGUGUUUGGCUAGGAGCUUCCUUUCCAACUUGCUUCCGCCUGGCAUGUGGCCUGCUUCAGAGCUUUGUUGGUUCUGUGCUGUUUGUAUGGAGCUUGUUGUUUUACUGUACUGCAUUCAGCAUGAAUAAUUUUUAUUUAAGCCUCUAAUACAAUGCCCUGGAAUCCAUUUUUCUGAACAGCAAUCUAGAAAUCUAGUAAUUACUUGAUUAAAUCACAUUCAAAAGGCAGGUAUUUAACAUUUUCAUCAGUUUUCCCACACCUUCUUUGCUGUAUGAAUGUUAAUUAGCAUGGCUGUGAUCAUAAAACUGCUCACAAAAGAAAAGCGGUUUGAAGUUUGCCAUCUCGCAUCAAAUCUUCUAAAUUACAGAGUCUCAUUUUUUACCAGCUAGUAAAGUUUUAUAGCCUACCUUUCGAUCACACCAUCUUCAAAGAGGAUUGCAACAGGUGAAACAUAAGGCCAGGCUAGCUUUCUUCUUGCUAUGAUGUCGUUGUGUGUUUUCAUAUCAGAACUUGUCUGUGAAUGAAGCUAUUGGUGACUGAACUUACAGAUAUGCAUCAAAGAUGAGUGCAAUAACAGAAGUGAAAUAUACUCCUUGCAUUCAUAUAAGGAAGUAGCUAUUGAAGAAAACCCUGAUACCCAGAAGUAAUAUAAAAUCUUCAGCAGCAUUUAGUAUUGUCUCAGUAUUAAUUGAAGUUGAUAACAAACAAAACUUGAUUAAAUCCAGCCAAGGACGAUACAUGGCUUUAUGGAAAUCAAUAGCAAUUGUCACGUGGGAUCCUAUAAUGGUGGAUUUUUGACAGGGAAAUAGUUUCACAAACACCCUGCAAAAUGAAAAAGCAACUUGCAAAUGAAUAAAGUGCUCAAGGGUUGCUAUGCUAAUAAACAAAAUAUAAUCUAUUUUAUAUGGCAUGCAUAAAAUGAAACCCAUCAGGUUAAUAAUAUAAAUGUUCUGGAUAGAAACAAUUUUUAAUGGAGUCUAAUAAUUUGCAAGUCCUAGAAUGAUACAUUUGAUCGUAAAAACCCACUUGAUUUUAUAUAGACUGAUGAAGCAAAGGUUUUGCAUAUUACAGUCCCAAUUCAAUCUUAGAAAGGACACUUGAUCCCAAAGCUGUUUUGACUUCCGUCUUAAACAAUGGCCAUCUUACAACAUGCAACAUGGGGGGGGGGGGAAAUCAAGUGGACUUCUAAAAUUCAGUCUGAGGACUGUGGAGUGGAAAAAAUUAAAAAAACAAAUAGGCAAAACUGUGUGCUGCUUUGGGGACCUUUGGAUAAAAGAGUGGGAUAUUAAGCAGGUAUAAACCAACAAAUUAAUGAUCAUUAUGUCAUACAUAAUUGGAUUCUGGGACAAUUUACAAGCUUAUCCUUAAUUUUUCUGUGUACCCUUUUCCUAACCCUAUAUCCUUAGGAUACUUCCCUAUUCUCAAUGCAAGCAAGCCAGAAUGUGAUGGACAACUUGGUAAGUUGCUGUUUUUGUGCCGUUUGUUAAAAUGGGCGUUUCAGUCCUUUCUGUUCUCCUCUGUUAUUUGUGAGGCCUUCUGCUCCAUUGACUUGCAUUCUCUGGUUGUAUGGAGUAUGGAACAUGAAGAACAUGGGCUAACCAAGCAGACUUGGUUGCAUGGCUUGCGGAAAGAGUCUUGGCAGGUCCUGCUUUCGGAAGAAGCACAUGGUGUGCUGGACUCUAUGUGCCCAAACCAAUAUACUUAAAAUGUGCAACAACAAAUUAUGAGCCAGCAGGGUUAGUAGCCAUGGACAGCCUUUCCCUCCACAAACUUGUCAAAUCCUCUUUUAAAGCUUGUCUCUCUGCUCAACCAGUGUGGGGAAAGAACAGGUGAACAGUUAGUGUGCUUCUCCUCCUGCCUUUGGAAGAGAGCCAGUGUGGUGUAGUGGUUAAGAGCGGUAGACUUGUAAUCUGGUGAACCGGAUUCGCGUCUCCGCUCCUCCGCAUGCAGCUGCUGGGUGACCUUGGGCUAGUCACACUUCUCUGAAGUCUCUCAGCCUCACUCACCUCACAGAGUGUUUGUUGUGGGAGAGGAAGGGAAAGGAGAGUGUUAGCCGCUUUGAGACUCCUUCGGGUAGUGAUAAAGUGGGAUAUCAAAUCCAAACUCCUCUUCUUCUUCAUGGGGAAAUGAAGCGCAAGCUAUUCCUUCCCGUUCUUUCUCAGACUUUUGGGGACAUCAUACCGUAACGAGGAUUUCUAGUACUGUACAGUGGACGCUUGGGUUGCGAACAUGAUCCAUGCGGGAGGCACGUUCACAACCCGCAGCGCCACGUCUGCACACGCAUGAGUCACGAUUUGGUGCUUCUGCGCAUGUGCCAAGCGCCGAAACCCGGAAAUAACCCGUUCCAGUCCUUCCGGAUUCGGCGCAGUGCGCAACCCGAAAACGUGCAACCCAAAGUGUCUGUAACUGUAUGACAGUACUGAUCCUGGUCCCACAAUGCCCGGCAUUCUUUAAUGCGUGCCAUUUGUUAUCUACCUUUCAAAAAACAAAACUCCCCAUCACAUCCUGAAUUCAAUAACUGAAGGCUGAGACGGAAGAAGCUCCACCUUUAGAGCCCCAAGCAGAGGAAGCCCCAGGUGCCCCAGAGGUGGCUGACGCUGCUCCCGAGGCAGAAGCCCAGCCUGCAGAGGCUGCUGAGCCAGCGGCUGACGCUGUGGUGAGUGACUGGUGCUUCAGGUGCCCUCACACUCGCCCAAAGAGCCUUGCCAUGUGCGUACGCAUCACAUUUCAUCCCGCUUUCUCCAUUUUCACCUUUCUUGGGCUUUAGAGCUGGGUAAUGCAAGAGUCCAGGUUCAACAGAACGGGCAGUUUCCACCGGGGCCCUGGACUCGGGGAGACCAGAGUUCAAAUUCCAUCCUCAGUUUGGGCUCUCAGUGGACCUCCUCUUGGACAAAUUACUUGUAAAAUGGGUGACUUGAAUCUGAGAGGGUUGUAUGUGGCUAGGGGUCCCAGAGAAAGGAUGCACUUUCAUACAAUAGAUAGGUGUUGUAUAUAUUGUUUGCAUUUUGCAUUUAAAACAAUGCUCAAGGCGGCUUACAAUAUGGAAAGAUUGACUUAGUUACAAACAUAGCAAAGUAUUCAUAAAAAUAAAUAAAACACAACAAAGACUACAUAACCAAACUGAACAAUUUCCAUGUAAAAAUAAAGAUACAAAAACUUAAUAUCAAUAACAGCAAAAACUCCCAACAAACCUUCCCCCAAAAUACCCUAGUCCUUGCUGGGCAGCAGCAGCAGCAGUUAUGAAGCCCAUCAGGCCCUGCCCUGGGCCAGGUGGAGAGAGGCAGGAACGGGCCCCUCAGGUGUCAGGAUUGAUGGCGUUGGAUGCCUUUGGUCGGGUAUGUGUCACUGUGGAGAUCCAGAUGCUUGUCUGCAUCCCCAUCUGUACAUCUUAGGCAGUGGCUAAUAUGGAGACCAUACAUAUGAUUUGAACCAUUGCAUAUCAUGAGAUUUCAGGUGUUGCAUCAACCAUCUGAGCACUGCAGCAUGGACAUUUGGGGACAUUUCAUAUGGGGGCUGCAAUGCCUCCACUUGACCUUGCUGCAAGAGGAAACCACUGCUGUGAGGAUGAAUUUAUGCUAGAAAGCCCCAUGCGAUUGUUUUUUCUUGGCAUUCUCUCACAACACAACUUUCGUAUGGGUGCUGCUCACACACAGGGCUGGUGCACGCAUAAAGGUUCAUGAUGUAAUCAUUGCAUCAUCAGAGAUGGCACACUCCCACACAUAGAACAGAAAGAAAAUGCAUAAUCAGCUGAUAAAGUUUUGCGGUUUUGACAGCUUCUGUGUUCACCUGUGGAUCACACAGUGACUGAAAUAUAAGUGAUAUAUAUUCAUUUAGCACCAUCUAUGUGCAUGGGAUGCAGGUGGUGCUGUGGUCUAAACCACUGAGCCUAGGGCUUGCCAAUUUGAAUGUUGGCAGUUCGAAUCCCCGUUACGGGGUGAGCUCCCGUUGUUCGGUCCCUGCUCCUGCCAACCUAGCAGUUCGAAAGCACGUCAAGGUGCAAGUAGAUAAAUAGUUACUGCUCUGGCGGGAAGGUAAACGGUGUUUCCGUGCGCUGCUCUGGUUUCGCCAGAAGCGGAUUACUCAUGCUGGCCACAUGACCCAGAAAAACUGUCUGUGGACAAACGUCAGCUCCCUCGGCCUAUAGAACGAGAUGAGCACCACAACCCCAGAGUCGUUUGUGACUGGACUUAACGGUCAGGGGUCCCUUUACCUUUACCUUUUUUUGUGCAUUGCACUUUUCAGAAAACAGAGAUACUCAGUGCUUACUCCAAGGUAGACAAAAUCUAAGAUAGACCCAGAGAAACAGCAGAGAAAGGGGAGAAAUAGAGACAUGGGCAGGCAGGGGAAGAAUAUGUGAUUAUUUCAACCCCACAAACUUUGAUACCCUCUAAAUGUAAGUUUUCGUGUGUGCGCCCCCCUAAAAUGUGAACAGUCUAAACCUCUGGGUCAGUGGAAGCUUUUUAGGGCACCUCUGGACCAGAACUCCACAGUGUCCAUCUGGGGUGUUUCAUUAUAUCCCAUUGCCCCUAUGGCGCUCUUUGUGUUUCCAGAAAACUAGCGCUUUCUCUCUCUGGAAAACAAAAAUCCAGCCUAAACCUGCCAGCCUUCAAGUGCUCAUUUGGUAUAGCUGUUAAUAUCAGGGAGUAGUUUUAGUAGGUUAGAAAAUGAGUACACUGUUGAAAUACAGCAGUUGUACUUGUUGCUAAGUCUUAAGGCUAUUCGUGUGUCUCCAGAAGUUUUAAAUAAGAGAACCUGAAAGGUCUCUUUGCAGGGAUAGUUCAGGCUUUGAUAAAAUUUGGUAUUUAUAGAGACCACAUGGUGUCCUUCAAAAGCAGCGUCCCUGUGCCCUUUCCUUUCUCCUCCAGGAAUGUUAGUACGGCUGAUGGUGUGGUGUUGCUGUACUGCUUAAUUUCCCACCCUGCACAAGCAGCGCCAAACACAGUAGGACCUGGAUGGGGAAGCUCCCUGCAUGGUGAUGCAUCCUAUUUUGUAUGGGUUAAUUUCGAAGAGGAAGAUGAGUUCCGGGGUUGGUGCUUUCUGUGGCAGCCACGUGUGGGUUAAUGGGAAGUUGCCUUUGUUCCAAGCCAGACUAGUGGUCCAUCUACCCCAGUAUUGUCUGCACUGACCACCAGCAGCUUUCCAGGAACCAGUGCAAUUUUUCUAGAAAAAAGAGGAGCUGGAACUCACUGUGAACACCUCCCUUGUUCUCUUAGAAUGGCAAUGGUACCCACCUGAGAGGUGCCGGAAUGGAGUUAUAUCCAUUUCUCUCGGUUGCUGCUAUGACACCUAAUUCCAGUCUUAGAAAGAUGCUUUUCUGUUAUUCAUAGAAAAUAAGGGCUUCCUUGACCUGCUUACUGUAGACCAUUAUUCAAAUAUAUGUGCUCAUAAAUACAUGCGAUGUUGCCACUUGUACAAGAAAGCUUUUCACAGAUACAUUUGUGCAACUAAGUCACACUUGGAAAGCAAAUAAGGAUAGUCCAACCUCAGCUGCAGCAGCUCCAAAAGAAUUAAUUAUAUGAAAAAGGGGGUUAUAUAACACUAAAAUUUUAACAGGAUAAUGCUGUGAGAGGUUUCCAUAGCAACGAAUGCAGCUUUCAGCCACUGAUUCGUCCUGGCAUCUGGACAUGUUUGGAGUUUGUGAAGCAACUACAAGCAAUGCUAGAAAUUUUUUUGUUUUUUGAAAUUAUAAAGACUAGAUAGAAUAUUCUGGAUAGAAUAUGAAAUCCUUUAUGAGAAAAUUAGCUUGUUAGCUUUAACUGAAGUCUACAAAGCCUCAUUUCCAAGGUGUAGUUAGAGAUUUGGAAUAACACGAUCCAGGUUUAGAUUUUGAUAGGUGCUACAAUUCAUAAGCCAUGCAAUAUAUUUGCCAUUCACUUUCACAGGCUCUUGUACAGCUGUACUUCAAGAGCACUGUAAAUGUUUGCUGACCAGCUAUUUUAAGAGUUCUUCUAAAAUCCACAGUUCAACCAAAAUACAGUCUAUUUUAAGCCCCAUUAUUUCAGUGGGGAAGUUAAAAUAUAUACCUGACACUCUCUAGUUCAAUAAAUAAGCAAAUGACUCACUCCAUUGAUUACGGGAUUUAAUGAUCAUCUUCAAAGAAGCCAAGGGCUUUUCUCAGGGCUAGAAAAAUACUUUGGAUUCUGAAUGGCUAGGGUUGGUUCUAAAGAGCCAGGGUUUUAGCGUUUUGGAGGGCUGAAAUUCAGAUUUCUUGACACAUUUUAUGAUGGACAAUCAAGGCCUUGGGAGUUUUCAUUCUAGAAUCACGGUGCUUUGCCUUCCACUGGAGUCCAGGGGGAAGCCCUAACAGUUCUCAGCAUGUUAAUAUAUUGAUAACAACUCUGAGAAUAUUGUGAAAAAGCAGUGGCUUGGAUCUUCCUUGCAUCACCAUUCUCAUCAUUACAAGGCUGAAAUCCAUGCUUCUCCUUCAUCACCUGCCCCCAACCUCCAUUCCUCUACUUACUGCCUGAUCUUCCAAACAUGCUUGCACAACAUCCUACCACUCGGUACCAUUGCCUAAUGCUAUAAAUGCUUCGGAUGCACCCCACUCCAUUUUCAUGCAGUGCGCAAUGCUAAUAUUUCUGACAUUGGUGCUAUAAACAUGUCUCUGGUUUUAUGAAGGCUGCUGUGGAGGAAGGGACAAAGGAGGCACCAGAACUUGCUGAGAAAGAGUGUGAGGUAUGUAUGAACAGCAGAAAGAAUGGGUGGUUGUUUCUGGAUAAAGGAUAGAUGUUGUCCAUUUACAGCACUAUCCAGCCAAAGGGAAGCUGGACAAGACUUGGACAGUUGAUCACAUGCUUUUCCUUUCUGUUGAGAAGAGGGCUUCACUUUGGCUGGCUGCACCCUUUGGUUAUAUCUAAUCACGUUGCUUUGUGUUGGUGUCUAAAUAUUUUGUAUCCGUAUGUGAUUUUAUGGCCAGUGGGUGUUUGGGCUGUCAUCAGUCCAAACCAGAAGAAUUGUCAGGUCUGGGUUAACAUCCUGUCGCUUGCUGCAGGGACCUACUGCAACUUUACAAACCAUAUUGUGUAGAUGUUACAGGAGAUCUGUAGGAAUAAUCUUUGGAUUUCUUUGCUCCUGUUGUAGUUACAGAUGGAUUCUGUAAUACAAGGUCCUGAUGGAGCUGAGGGUGUUGCUGUUGCUCCUGGAACUGAGGCUGGCGAAGUUGCUGCUCCUGCUGAAGGGGGAGUUGGGGAAAGUGACAUAGCUGGCACUGAAGGAAAAGCAGGCGAAUCUCAGGUAGUCACCAACAUACAAGUGCUUCUCUCCUCGGCUUCUUUUUGUGUGGUUUUAGUAAUUCCAUCAUCCUGCCUACAUUCCAAAACUCUAACCGAUUUCAUACUACUUCAAUGGACACAGGUUGCUUCAAAUAAUUCUGACAAUCAUAACUGUGAUGGAGAGAAUUCUUUUCAAGAUCCCUCACCACCCUUCCUCCAUAAUGCCCAGGGUUUCCUGGGACGGCGUGUCAAUUACACAGAUUUAAAUCUGGAAUAUGAUUCUUUGCACUGUAAUUAUACAUUUGGUUUGAGAGCAGUUCUAAAACUACUCUUGUAACCAUUCUUGUAAAUAGUUUGAGACGAUGCAGAUUUUUAUAAAUAUAUUAUUUUUAAUUUCUCUGAUUUAUUUCUAAUUUGUCUAAUUUCUAAAUUGUGUAUUUUGAUUCUAUAAGCCUUUGGCAAGCCUGCUAAAACUCUCCCCCCCAAUAUGGGUUAUAUGUUGAACUCAAAUUGUAAAGGGGGUAUUUUUGCAACAUUAGAUGUCUAAUUGCACAAGCUUUUAGUUCUCAUAAUUGUGGAAGAAAUAUUAGGCAACAAGGGCACGUUUGUUAAGAUUCAGAAAUAAGAGGUGGUGCCUAUUUUUCUAGGGUCAUGAACCAGAAAGCUUUAAUGUUAUUGUCAUGCUUCUAUAUUUUUUUAUAUCACCUUUUUAAAUAAAGUUCAAUGCAGAAUAUGAAAAGAUGAGCAAAUACUGUCUGUUCACAUGUCCUAUAUAGCACAUUUCCCUGGUACCUCACUCCUCUCUUACUUUUUGGCCUUUUAGACUAUGUCAAAGGCCUUCCUCAGUUACUCAUCAAAAGUAAACAUUGCCAAUUAUGGGCACAAUCCAGCCCAAGCGAAAGCUUUGCUUAAGUGGAAAAGAGAAAGCCAUGUUACCUUUUAUCGUAUUUUGCUGGAGUUUUCCAGGUGCAGUUCUUUAGCAAACUACCAAAGCCCUCUGAAACUGGCACGAGCCGUUGGUUUUUGCCAUCUUUAGCAUACUAAGCUUUAUAUCUCCUUGAAAGCACAGGAUUUGCAAAUGAAUUAUUGUGUUUUGUUUUAAUCAUUCUAGCAGUUUUGUAAAAGAAAGAAAAAGAAAAGGACCAUUUGCCCCCACCCUAUAGAGCUGGAAUAAUUUUUAGUGCAGAUGAUGUUGUUCAAACUGUUCUCCCUGGCACCUUUCCCCUCUAAGGAAAACCUCAGCAGCAUCCCCUCAGUAGUAAUAGAACCCGCAUCAAACAAUGAAGCCGAUGGAGAAGAUCACGAGGUUCUAGUGAACGAAGCUAAAGAUGCUGCGGAAGAUGUUGGCGCUCAGAGUGCUGAAGGCCCAGCUAGUGAAACUUCAGAGGCUGCAAGUGAGCCCAAAACCACCCAGUCCACAUCUUCUGAGGAACAGCCUGUAUCAGCAGAUGACAGCAUGCCACCGGGCUUCCGCUUUAAGGUUUAAUUGAGCGCUUAUUUAUUCCAGUUUCCUUUGACACUGCAUGAUGACUCGAUUGUGGACCAAGAUAUGCAGGGGCCAUUUGAACCUUCCUUAUAUGCAGAGGACAUUAAAAAAUACAGUUAUAUCCAGACCCCUUUGUGGAAGUUUGACUUUCACAUUCUACUAAUAGGUGAGCAGGCCCACACCAAGUAGUUAUGUUCCCAAGAGCAUGUGGACCAGCUAGCCCUAACCAUUGCACAAUCAGGUUUCCCAAUCAUGUGAAAACCUGUGUCCUGUAGUUUUCAGUGGCAGGCCAAAUCAUGUGUCAUAGCCUCCAUGCAGUUUGUGAUUAGGAGGCUACGAUACUGAUUUUCCCAUGUAUAAGGUGGCCCUAAUCCUAGGCUUAUCCAGGGGUGCAGUACUAGAAAUAUCUAACAAACUUUACCACUUGCUUUCAGAAGAAAAUAUUUUCAGAAUAUGCCCUAACCUCCACCAUAUCUCUCCUUUUUCUGCUCUACAGGUUGAAACCCUGCAUGAUUUUGAGGCAGCCAAUAGUGAUGAGCUGAACUUGCUCCGGGGAGAUAUUGUAUUAGUAAUUCAAUCUGUGGCAGAAGCUGAUCAGGUAACAGCAAAGGGACUUUGAUUCUCUGCAUUUUAAAAUAUCAUUUUUUAAAAAAAUAAUAUGGCCAAAUAGAAGUGUUCAUUGUUUGGAAAUGGAAAUGCUCUAAGAAAUAAAAUCAAAGGGGGUCACUUAGGUUGCUUCCAGAUUGCCUGUUUAUUGAGCGUACAUCUUGGUGUACAUUUAUUUAAUUUGUUUGUGGGCAUGUUUUAUGAUGUUGUGUCUAGUAAUAAUAAUUUGAUUUAUUUGCAUUAGCAUACAGCCAUAGCAAAAUAAGACAAUACAAAAAUGUUGGGGACAAGCAACCAAGCAAAAUUCAAAGCGAUAUUGCUGGCGUAAUGACAUUUAAAACACCCUAAGACAAUAAUACAGAGAUUUGGUUGCCAGCGCCAAAAAACUAGUAUGCGGAUAUAAAUAAAGCAUAAAAUGGCCCCAAAAUAGGCUCAGCACAUUGAGUUAAAAAGGUAAUAAAAGAAUUAAACAGGUCCAGGACUAGGGCACACUACCCUGUCAGAGUAGCCCUGAGUUUCAGAGCCUGCACUGUGAAGAUUGCCACCCCACGUGAAAUUUGGGGAUUUGCGUCCACAAGAAGUGCUUUCAGACAGUCUUCCUUAGAUGAAAUGGAGGACGGGAUCAAGAGGAGGAGCUUAGGUCUUAUUGGGUCAUAAAUAGGGCAGUAGAAAAAGAAAUGUAUGAAGUCCUCUACUUCAUUCAUUGUGCAUGGACAUAGACGCUGAGUAAUAGGGGUCUUAGAGUAGGUCCCCUGCAGGAAGGCCGUGGGUAUAGAAUGAAAACGGGCCAUUGUAAACGCUCUUCUCAAAUUGGGCUCCGUCAGGUCUAUCAAGUAGUUGGCAAGUGAUCUUACCACUUUCACUUUAGGGAGCCACAUGGAGAGGCGAGCUGAGGUGGACUGUGCCCGGUCCAUGGCCUCAUCUCUUAUAAGAAUCCAGGCCCGGAUUUUAUGUUGGUCCCAAGAUGACAACGUGUCGAAUUCUGGGAGGGAGUAGCGUACAGUAAUAGUCUCCAUGGCCUUGGACCAUUUGUUGGAGUGAGAACAAGUUAAAAAGGCUUGCCUGGCUAGUAGGGAACCUGGGGCAUUGAUUAAUUUGCAAUAAAAACUAAUAAUUCUAAUGUGGGCUCUCGCAACAAUGGAGGGAGGCCCAGUUCUGUUCUUAACUGAGCAGCAACCGAGCCCUUGGGGAGACCCAGUAUCUUUCGUGCAAAAGAGUUUUGUAGAAUCUCCAGCCGUUGUAGUGUUUUUAAAUUCCACCCCCAGAUUUCAACCCCAUACAGUAACAUCGGGAGGACUUUGCUAAUAAAUGCUUUUCUGAUUGGUGGAACCAACUGGCCGCCUUUUGCAUAGAAGAAUUUCUCCAAGGCUUUGAUGGUUCUACGGGCAGCCAGGAUGGUCAUAUUUAGGUGAGCUGACCAGCUAAGCCCAUGCUGAAAAGUGAUUCCCAAAUACUUGAAAGCUGAGCAAUAUUCAAUAGAGUGGCCCUCAAAGUUCCAGAAUGACUUCCGAGUUUUCGUGCCAAAAGUAAGAAUUUUGGUUUUGGCGAAAUUGAUUUUGAGGGAAUUGGUAUCACAAUAUGUCAUGAGCCCUCUGAGCAUGUUGUUUAAGCCCUGCUUGGUUAAAGACAGUAUCACCAUGUCGUCCGCAUAGAGUAAUAUGGGGAUCUUGAGCUGUUGUAGAGAGGGGGCAGAUUGAUUUAGGGCCUGCAUAGUUGUAACGAUGUCGUUGAUAUAGAAAUUGAAUAGAAAAGGGGCCAAGAGGCAGCCCUGUUUGACCCCUUUAUUCAGAGGGAAAGAAUCAGAAAGAGCUCCCAGGGGGCCAGAUUUUACUCUGGCCGAUAUGUCAUUAUGAAUUUCCAUAAGAAGAAGGAGGAGUCUCUUAUCUAUGUUGGUGUAACUAAGCUUCUGCCAUAGCCUAUCUCUGGGAAUGGAGUCAAAAGCGGAGGUCAGGUCCACAAAAGCCGCGUGUAGUUUGCAGUUAAACCUGUUUAGGUAUUUAUCAAUCAGGGUAAAUAGAACAAGACAUUGGCCAGAUGUACUGUGACCUUUACGGAAGCCAGCCUGUUCCGAGUGGAAUAGCUUUGUUUCUUCUGCCCACUCGAUUAAUUUCUCUAGCAAGAAUCUAGAGUAAACCUUGUAUGAUAUGUCUAGCAGGCUGAUGGGUCGAUAGUUACGCGGAUCUUGUGGGUCCCCCUUUUUAUGUAUUGGGAUGACUAUGCUCUGUUUCCAAUUUGGCGGGAUCUUAAGAGUGGCAUUAAUAGUGGUAAAGAGAGAUGCAAAAAUAGGGGCCCACCACAUCUGGUUCAAUAAGAAUACCUCGGGUGGAAUCAUAUCCUCCCCGGGAUUUAUCCCCUGAUAACAUGCUAAUUAGUUGUACACAUCUCUCUGGGGAGACUGGCUCCCAGGUGGGCAAGGGAGAUGCAGGAAGAGUGGAAACUGCGUUUACGUCGGAAUCUGGGGCGGAAUACAGCUGAGCAAAGUGAGAGUGCCAACUGGCUGCUGUGAUGUUAUUAACGAUGAAUGAGGGGGGUCUUAAACCUGCAUUAAUUAAAUUCCAGAAUUUCUUGUCGUCACGGGUUUUAAUGGCCACUGACAAUGCCGUCCAGCGUUCUUUCGCAAAGAUCAAUUUCUUAUGUUGGAGCAACUUCUUGUAGUAAGAACGGAAUUGGGCUAACUCCCUGAUUUUGCUCUGGGUGCUGUCUGAUUUCAUAUCAGACUGAAGAAAUCUAAGCCUACUUCUGCACUGUUUGCAUUCUUGGUCGAACCAAGUUUGAUUCUUCCAGGUUAGACUCGCACGGGAGGGUUUCGUAAGUGUUGGGAGCAAGUAGGCUAGAAUUUGUUGGAAACUUGAGAAAUGAUUCACAUUCAUUGUUACCAGCUGAGCUUUCAGGGCUAGGAUCUCAGGGGAAUUUAGGAGGACUUUUAUGUCUUGCUCCAGAUAGAUAUCCCACUUCUUACGACCGGGGGCUAAGGUCAGUGAAUCCUGGAGGAGGAGUGAGCUGGGAAGCCCCAGCUGUGUGUGGUGGAAGGAGAUGGCAAUAGGAAGGUGGUCACUUUCGGUUCUGUUGAACACAUUGAAACAAUAUGCCUUAUCAUUAAGUGCCGAGGAGGACCAGAUAUAAUCUAUAACGCUUGCCCCUCUAGAUCCUAGAAAAGUAUAGCAUCCCCCGGACCAGUCUUUGGGUGUACCAUGCAAGCUGUGCAGCCCGCAGUUAAUGGUAAACUCCAGCAGUAUGAUGCCAGCCCUAUUAAUGGUCUUGUCAUGUGAAUUCCACGUAGGAAACCACUCCUCUUCUAUGAAUAGUUGCGACUUAUCGGUGAAUGAGCUUAUAUCUGCUCCGAUUCUGGCAUUAAAGUCCCCCAUUAUGAGGAUCUCUGACUUUGGGAAUUCAGCCACAGAUUUAUCAAGGAUAAAUCUUAGAUCCUCCCAAAACCGAUUUGUAUGGGAAGAGGAGUAGGUAGAUGGAUUGUACAAGUUAACACAUAUGAAGUCCCCAACCGGGCUGUUAGUGAUGUGCAAAGUUUGAAUACAAUUACUCUCUAACCAAAGGAGAGGAGAGAUAUUAAGAUGAAGCUCCUGCGAAACAAAUGUUACCAGGCCUCCACUAGGGCGCCCAUACAAAUGUGUUUUGGUCGCAGGAAUCACAAAAGCAUCAUAGCCCAGUAGGGAAGGGGGGGGUGACGAUUCUAAGCACCAGGUCUCUUGUAUACCCAUAAUCUGGAAUUUCGCUAAAAACUCUAUCAUAUCCCCGCCAUCCUGUUUGGACGUCCAUCCCGCCACGUUCCAGGAUAGCACAUUGAAGCAGUUUGGGGAGGGACUAUGUGCUAGUCAGAUACUCUGGUUGCUGGUGGAAGAAGCAUUGCCAAGGGUCUGAGACCGCGCCAGGCGUGAUACAGCCGAAGGUAUCGAAGGGGUGGUAAUUUGAUUGAUGUGGCCAGCAGGGUCUUCAAUAAAGCCUGAGCUGUCUCUUUGCACAGUGGCUUCCUUAACGUUUAUAUAUUGGCUUGAAGAGGUUACGGAUACAAGAGGUUCUACCAAACGAGGUUGAGUGACAAAGGACGAGGAUAUACAGUCAUCUGCCUGGACCGCACUGAAUGAGGACUCCAGGUCAGGCAUGGAAGAAUAGGACAUUGACAGAUUACCUGGAUGAAUGGUGUUUGGCAUAUUGCUCUUUAAGGCGAGGGACGAGGUAGUUGAUUGCAAAUCUAUUAGUAGAGGUGAAGAGGGUCUGCGUUGCGACGGUGUAUGAGGAGCUUCCGCCAGGCUAGUUGUGUCUAGUGUUAUCCCACACUUAUCAGUGCAUGUUCCCAUCAUUUUCCCUAUAACCAAAAAUCGGGGGCGGGGGGGGUUGUUUUGUUCUGCAACAGCACCAAAUCAACUUUAAUUCAACUUCCUGAAUUUGCUGGUAUAUGAUUGAGCCCCACCUGAAAAGAGUGGUUGUCUGGAAGCGCCUUUACAGUGAAUGAUAGCCGCUUAAACUGAUUGGAGAUCUACCAUAAAUAAUUUGCUUAUUUGGCUCAGAAAUAAUGUGACUAGACUUUUUAAGUCUGCCUUUCAAAUGUUGGACUUCUCUCUGCCAGGCAAAGCUUUUUGAUGUGUUUAAGCAAUACAUAUAAAUGUGACUUUUAUAAUAGAGGCAUUUGAAAACUGGAAAUGUUUCUCUCUCUCCUUACAGGAAGCAGGAUGGUUAACAGGGAUUAAGGAAUCUGAUUGGCUUCAAUACAAGGAUGUAGCUACUUAUAAAGGACUCUUCCCUGAAAACUUCACCCGUUGUUUGAAGUAG